UCAAAGGUAAGUGAAGUCAGAAAGACAGCGAGGCUUAUUUUCAACAUUUUGUUGGUCUAAAAUGCGAAAUUCCUACUUAUGGUUUUCAAGAACCAACAAAUGACUUUGAUAUAACGGUAGACGACGGAAUUGAUCAGACUCUAAAUUAAAAUGUGUGUUUUUUGUGUGUUUUGCAGGUAUGAAUUCGCUUUGCCGAAGACUGACCCGUCGAGGACUUUGAACAACUCUACUCAAAUUCAUAUUUUUUUCUUCAAGUAAUGGACAUUUGAUUACUAUUUUUGCCUCCAGUUUGUUCCUGAAGGAAAGGCUAGCUUUCAGCCCCACCCAUAAGAAGUAUUUCAGUUGAUAUUAAAACCAUGAAGGUUGACGAUAUAAAAUAGAUGAAAUAAGAGAUAUAAGUGCCUGAAAAGCACACUCUAAUACACCCGAGACGCUGAGGAUCUAUAGUGUCAAUAAUAUGGCAGGAGGACCGGUGGACCCCAGAGAGAUUCUGAAGGGUGUGGAGGCUCUGCUGGGGAAAGAUGGAGAGCUGCGCAGCCUGGAGGGAGUCCCAAAGGUGUUCAGCCUGAUGAAAGCUUCUACCAAGAUGGUCAGUAGAUGUAUGUACCUGAGCAUCCUGCUGCAGACCAAAUCCCAUGAUGUUCUCAACAGGUUUAUCAGAGUUGGUGGCUACAGGAUGCUCAACUCCUGGCUCACCUACUCCAAAACCACCAACAACAGCCCCCUAUUGCAGCUCAUCCUGCUCACACUGCAGAAGCUGCCUCUCAAAGUGGACCACCUCAAACAGAACAACACAGCCAAGCUGGUGAAGCAGCUGAGCAAGAGUGCAGACACCGAAGAGCUGAGGAAGUUGGCGUCUGUGCUGGUAGAAGGCUGGAUGGCUACAAUCCGCUCCCAGAGUGUGUCGAGCAGCGGCAGCUCUCCUGCUGAUAAGAAAAAGAAGAAAGAGGAGGGCAAGGUUCCGGUGCGGGACGUGAAGGAGAAGAGUGUGGAUGAGGAGAAGAAGAAGGAGAAACCUAAAGCUCAUGCACCCAGCCACGCAAAGAUUCGCUCCAUAGGAUUGGAGAUGGACACUCCCAGCGUGGCCCCUGCUAAGAAGACUCCCACCGCCCCACAGCUGGGCGACAAGUACAACAUCAAGCCUCCAGUCCUCAAGAGGCCAAGCUCUGGUCCAUCAGAUGUGCCACCUCUGGAGAAAAAGUACAAACCUCUGAACACCCCCUCUAACUCUGCCAAAGAGAUCAAAGUCAAGAUCAUUCCAGCACAACCGAUGGAGUGCACAGGGUUCCUGGAUGCUCUGAACUCUGCUCCAGUGCCCGGGAUCAAGAUCAAGAAGAAGAAAGCCAGUGCUUGUACUCCCCCUAACACCAAGGCUGUCUCCCCCACGUCUAACAAGGGGAGUCCAUUUGACAGCAAACCCUCUGCGUAUUCUUCCUCUCCUGCUAAACCGUCAUCUCCAGAAACAGCUGCUUCCAUCACUCCUGCUGAUGAAAACCUGGAGCCCGAGCGGCCUGGGACCCCCGUUCCCUCUGAGGAGACUGAGGUCUCGGACAACGGUGAGAAGCCUAAUGCUCUGGCAGAACCACGAGGAGAAGAAGAGAGCUUGACCAAGAAAGGCAAGAAGAAGAAGACAGUUCACUGGGCAGAGGAGGAGCAGCUCAAACACUACUUCUACUUUGAUCUGGAUGAGACAGAGAGAGUCAACGUCAACAAGAUCAAGGACUUCGGUGAGGCCGCUAAACGAGAGCUGAUGAUGGACAGGCAGACGUUUGAGAUGGCCCGACGGAGCUCCCAUGACACCAUGGAAGAGAGGGUCCCCUGGACCCCCCCGAGGCCCCUGACACUGACCGGCAGCCUGGUCAUCCCCGGGGCCAACAGCACAGAGAAACUCACCCAGAGAGACCGUGAGAUGGGCAUCCUGCAGGAGAUCUUCCUCAGCAAAGAGAGUGUGCCCGAUAGUCCACAUGAACCAGACCCGGAGCCGUAUGAACCCAUGCCCCCCCGUCUCAUCCCUCUGGAUGAGGACUCCACCAGCAUGGAGGACGGCUACGUGGAGCCCAUGGACACGAUGUCACAGCAGGGCUCUGCCAUGGCCCAGACCGAGAGCUCCAAGCUGCCCCCCGUCCUGGCCAACCUCAUGGGCAACCUGAGCAACAGCUCUCGCAGCCCGCAGGCCACACCCACAGUCACCAACCCUGUGGCUCCCACUGUCAACGUACAGGAGCUGCUCUCAUCCAUCAUGGGUGCUUCUGGUAACCAGUCUACUGAAGACUUGAUCAAGCAGCCUAACUUCUCAGACAAGAUCAAACAACUACUGGGCUCUCUGCAGCAGACCCAGAACCAGAACCAGGGUGGACCUCCACCAGUCAACCCGGGUUUGCUUGGCCACGGUCCAGGCAUGAACAAUAUGAACAACAUGAACAUGCACAUGCAGAUGCCCAUGAAUGGCGGCUACCCACCCAACAACCCGCCCGGUGGUCCUCGCUUCAACCACCCUCCACCCCCUCACAACCACGGCCCACCUUUCAACAGUGGCGGAGGCCCGCGCAUGAUGGGGCCGCCGCCGGGCCAGGGCCGAGGAGACAAUGGCAACUACUGGGGAGAUGACUCCAUGAGAGGAGGGCCUCACAGAGGGGGCCACUUCCACCGAGGAGGACGAGGCCGAGGAGGAGGAGGAGGAGGAGGCGGAGGAGGAGGAGGAGGAGGAGGAGAGCCAGGCUUCAGGGGCAGAGGACGAGGGGGGCCCAGAGGAGGACACAACAACAUGAAUGACAUGUCCAAGAGGCCCGUGUGUCGUCACUUCAUGAUGAAGGGAAGCUGCCGGUAUGAGAGUAACUGUGCUUUCUACCAUCCGGGUGUAAACGGACCCCCGCUGCCCCCCAACCACCCCGCUAACAACCAACACAACCAGCACCCACAGCACGGACACUAGUGGCACUGCUGCCGAGCAGAACACCUCAGAGCUGUGCUCUCAUGUUGCACUGUUAGAGACCGGCCUGAAGCAGCCAGAUGUGCUCACCUGAGAGGAGAUAAAGGCUGGGACGCGAUCACUGAUGCCACUGUGUGUUUUUAUUGGGAUCAUUUUAAACAGUGACACUGAACCACUAUGUCUGAGCUGCUGCAGCUAGCUGCUGUCUCAUCCGUCUCUUUCCACUCCAUUAACACGGUCGACCAAACGGACGUCUCCUACUCAGCAGACAGCUUUCCACACCACUGAAUUCCUUCUGAUUGUGGCUGUUGUCCUGUGUACAUGUCUCAUAUUCCCUUUAGUUGGGCUCCUUCAGGAGCGUCAGAAAAGUGACACAAACAUUGAGGAAGCACUUUAUGAAGCAAAAUGCCAACACGGCCAUGAUUUGUUUAAGGUGCAUGGUGUUCAGACGUUGGGUUCUUCCAGCAGCUGCUAUUGAAUGUGAGGAGCUGAUGAAGAAGCCACAGCCGUGUGUCUUACCAUAUGUAAGCUUUCCCUCUGUGCAUCCUAGUGAGUAGCUCAGACUGUGUGGCAUGACAAUCAUUAGCUUCAAACAUGGCGUGGUGCUGUCCCAGUCCAGAGCUGCUGUGUCUUCUGUAGUUCGUCUGAACCCAGAGGAGACACGGGGGGGGGGGGGGUCAGCCAUAUGACUGUUUUCUGUGAAAACGAUGACCGUUGUGUCUCUUGUGGGACUGUGAGAAUGUAUUGGUUGUUGUUUUUUAUUUUAUUUUCAUGCGAUCAUCAGAAUGUUGGCCCUUUUUUAAGAUGGGUUAAUUUUUUGUCAGUAUGAAAUGUGUGUAUGAAUACAGAAUACACAUUCAUACACAGUCAUAUUUUCCGUUUUUUUGUACACAGUGUAUCGAAUAAAUGUCCAAAUAUAAAUGCGCUUAAGUGUUUAAUUUGAAAGUGGGACGUUGCUAUGUGUACACACACACACACACACACACACUAGUCGGAGCCUCCCCAGGAGGAGAGCUCAGAAGCUGAUCUCUGCGUUCAUCCUGUGGGGAAACUGAAUGUGCUCAAGAGGGUUUGUCCAUUUGAUUUGUUCUGUGAGAAUCUUGGUCCGAUGAUGGCGAUAGAAUGAGUAGAAUUCAUUCCUUGUGUACUAUAAAUGCUUAUAUAGACAGACUGAAUGACCCCCCCCCCCAGGCUGACACAUCUCAUGUUAGCAUUUGCUCUGAACCCCUCAGGUGUACUGUGCGAUUAUCAUUCUAACAUGAAGUCAAAUGAGAAGUGCUGUAAAGGUGCCCUGUCAGAUCAUGUUGCAGGUCAUUUAGACUCUUCCUCCCUGAAAUGGCGGUAACUGUGUCUUGUUUAAUGUACAACACGUCUCUCGCCAUGCCGGCGUCACGCUCCUGAGGAAGUCUGUCCAUCUGUAAACCCAGACUGAAAUAUACCAACGAUUCAAUGAACUGUC